AUGGGCAUCUCUUCUGUCUUCGUCGCUCUUUCUGCCCUGGUUGCCGGGGGAGCUUUUGCUCUCCCAGCUCCAGAGCCUGUCGCACCGGCAGGUCCAUUCUUCGAGUUGAGGAGUGGAAAUACUUCCUUGUCGAAUUUGGCCCGUCGAGCUGAGCCUGUGAACUACAAUCAAGACUAUGUCGCUGGCGGUGCGAAUGUUCAAUACUCUCCGAAUCAGGGUGCUGGGUCUUUCUCUGUGAAUUACAACACCCAGGGAGACUUUGUUGUUGGACUUGGUUGGCAGCCGGGUGAUGCCAACCCCAUCAACUAUAGCGGCACUUUCUCUGCCCAAGGUGUCGGUAUCCUUGCCAUCUACGGAUGGAGCACCAACCCGCUCGUCGAAUACUACGUUAUGGAAGUCCACGACGGCUACCAAACCGCAGGCACACACAAGGGCACCUUGACCAGCGACGGCGGCACCUACGAUAUCUGGGAGCACCAGCAGGUCAACCAACCCUCUAUCCAGGGCACAUCAACAUUCAACCAAUACAUUUCCAUCCGUCAAAGCCCCCGCACCAGCGGCACGGUCACCAUUCAGAACCACUUCGAUGCCUGGGCCAAUGCUGGCAUGAACCUCGGCACCUUGAAUUACCAGGUCAUGGCCGUCGAGAGCUGGAGUGGUAGUGGCUCUGGACAAAUCUCGCUCAGCAAAGGCACUAGCAGUGGCAGCGGAGGCAACGGCGGUGGCUCCGGUGGCUCCGGUGGUUCUGGUGGUUCUGGUGGUUCAACCACUGGUGCUGCUCAAUGGGGACAGUGCGGUGGUACCGGCUGGACUGGCCCUACUACCUGCCAGUCUCCUUAUACUUGCAAAGUUAUCAACCCUUACUACAGCCAGUGUCAGUAA